AUGUUGUUCCUAAGUGUCGAACUCUUCUUUAUUCUGUUUUUGAUCGUUAUACUAUGUGUCAAUAAGAAGGUGUUACUCUUAUAUGCGAGGAAGAAACUGAAGCAGAACCAGGAUAGGAUUAACUCCGCUUUCAGAGCUUCAAUUUUUGCUGGAGAAGAACAUACAAUGUUGAAGUUAUUGGAAGAGGGGGCGGAUGUGAAAUGCACCGAUGUUAUUGGCUAUGCUUGUCUUCACCACGCAGUGCUAUGCGGACAUUACAAAUUAAUUAAACACCUAGUAAUGUAUGGCGCUGAUAUAGAGCAAGAAGGCAAUUUUUACGGUUACAAACCAAUUCAUUUGUGUGUUUAUGCGGCCAACAAAGACAAAUGCUUGGAAGAGUUACUGAAAUAUGGUGCUCAACUAGAUGCCGUUGACUGUUUGCAAAAUACCUUACUACAUUUAGUGGUGAAGUUUAGACCCCAAGAUAUGAAUUUUAUCGAAAAACUGCUCGAUUACGGUUUAGGUCCAAAUGCCACAAAUAUAAUAGGAAACAACUGCCUCCACAUCAUUGCUGCAUCUCGCACAUGCUCUAUCGAAAAGGUCCUGUUUCUGGCGAGGAAAUUCAUACACAGAGGUGUUGAUAUCGACCGUAAGAAUACAUCAAUCGGUGAGACACCCUUACAAAUAGCAUCCCGUACAGGAAAGACGGUUUUGGUCGAUCUUCUUCUUCGUGAGGGGGCGGCAAUAGACGUGAGGAGCAACAUUGGAUUGACUGCUUUCGAGCAAUUGUUCGUGGAAAAUCAUCCAAUGACGGCCAUCAUCACCACCUUCAUUAAACACAUCGCUCUUAGAAAACACCGUGGGGAAAAUGUUGAAGACAGUAUUUUUAGGAAAAUUGCCUCCGAUGUGAAACUACAAAUCAUAUAUCGCUAUUACGACGAAGAUUUGGAGUAUCUGAAAUCCAUAAAUAUAGUUGAAACACACUGGGUGGAAAUGUACCCAAGCUUGAAAUCACUCGUUGUUGGAGGUGAAUUGGACCCUCUCACAACACUGGAGGUGGAUGUGGACAUUCACUGUGUGCCAGAAUAUUGUUCGGAGUUGGGAACGUAA